CAUGGACCGUCUUGGCCUAUACAUUGUGGAGCUGGUCGUAAUGCAGUGUUGUUAAUAACCAUACUCGUGGUAGAAGGGAUUGCUGUGGCCCAGAAGACCCAAGAUGGACAGAAUAUUGGAGUCAAACACAUUCCUACAACCCAGUGUGGCAUUUGGGUUCGAACUAGCAAUGGAGGUCAUUUUGCUUCACCAAAUUACCCUGACUCAUAUCCACCAAACAAGGAGUGUAUCUACAUUUUGGAAGCCGCUCCUCGUCAAAGAAUAGAGUUGACCUUUGAUGAACAUUAUUAUAUAGAACCUUCAUUUGAGUGUCGGUUUGAUCACUUGGAAGUUCGAGAUGGGCCAUUUGGUUUCUCUCCACUUAUAGAUCGCUACUGCGGUGUAAAAAGCCCUCCAUUAAUUAGGUCAACAGGAAGAUUCAUGUGGAUUAAGUUUAGUUCUGAUGAAGAACUUGAAGGACUGGGAUUUCGAGCUAAAUACUCAUUUAUUCCAGAUCCUGACUUUACUUACUUAGGAGAUUGCCAGUUUGAACUCUCAGGAGCUGAUGGAAUAGUACGUUCUAGUCAGGUAGAACAAGAAGAGAAAACGAAACCAGGCCAAGCCGUUGACUGUAUAUGGACCAUUAAAGCUACGCCCAAAGCUAAGAUUUAUUUGAGGUUCCUAGAUUAUCAAAUGGAGCACUCCAAUGAAUGCAAGAGAAACUUCGUUGCUGUUUACGAUGGAAGCAGUGCCAUUGAAAAUCUGAAAGCCAAGUUUUGCAGCACUGUAGCCAAUGAUGUGAUGCUUAAAACAGGGAUUGGAGUGAUCCGAAUGUGGGCAGAUGAAGGGAGUCGGCUCAGCAGGUUUAGAAUGCUCUUUACUUCCUUUGUGGAGCCUCCCUGCACAGGAAACACUUUCUUUUGCCAUAGCAACAUGUGCAUCAAUAAUUCUUUAGUCUGUAAUGGUGUCCAAAACUGUGCAUACCCUUGGGAUGAAAAUCAUUGUAAAGAAAAGAAAAAAGCAGGACUAUUUGAACAAAUCACUAAAACUCAUGGAACAAUUAUUGGCAUUACAUCAGGGAUUGUCUUGGUCCUUCUCAUUAUUUCUAUUUUAGUACAAGUGAAACAGCCUCGAAAAAAGGUCAUGGCUUGCAAAACUGCUUUUAAUAAAACUGGAUUUCAAGAAGUGUUUGAUCCUCCUCACUAUGAACUGUUUUCACUAAGGGACAAAGAGAUUUCUGCAGACCUGGCCGACUUGUCAGAAGAACUGGACAACUACCAGAAGAUGCGGCGCCCUUCCACUGCCUCCCGCUGCAUUCACGACCAUCACUGUGGGUCGCAAGCGCCCAGUGUCAAACAAAGCAGGACCAACCUCAGUUCCAUGGAACUUCCUUUCCGAAAUGAUUUUGCACAACCACAGCCAAUGAAAACAUUUAAUAGCACCUUUAAAAAAAGUAGCUAUACUUUCAAACAGGCACACGAGUGCCCUGAACAGGCUCUAGAAGACAGAGUAAUGGAGGAGAUUCCCUGUGAAAUUUAUGUCAGGGGGCGAGAAGAUUCUGCACAAGCUUCCAUAUCCAUCGAUUUUUAAUCUUCUAAGGUGAUAUUGACAUUAAUUAUUAAGUAUGUGUUAUGCAGCCUACAGAGCAUCCGUAAUGUUUUCAGCAGCCAACCCUGCUCUUCUGUCAAAACUAGGAAAACUUUCAUUUGCCACUAACCUAUUGUAAUGGUGAGGUUUUUAUUAUCAGGCAGCCUAUAUAUGUUAAAACAACCAAGAAACUUAAUCCAUUCAAUGAAGAAAAUAAUCAUCUAUGCUUGGUGUUAUAUAAACAAGCACCAGUUAAACAGUAUUGGAAGAGGGGAUUGGUUUUGUUGAGCCAGCCUCACGUUGCCUGUUAGUUUUAGCAACAGAAAUGCUGCUCUUGAUUGAUACAGCUUACUCAAUAUUUUGAUCCAAGAAUAAGCUUAA